AUGGCGACCUCCCCCGCCGGUCGCAUGCUAGCCCGUCAGCUGCAGCAGAUGCAGUCUGACAAGGACAUUCCUGGGAUCAGCUGUGGUCUGGUCGACAGCAACAUCUUCGAAUGGGAGGUCAUGCUGAUGAUCUCAGACGAUGUCAAGUUAUAUGGAGGUGGUUUCUUUCGCGCUCGCCUUACCUUCCCCAUUGAAUACCCUCAUAUGCCCCCAAAGAUGAAGUUCGAGUCGUCGCUCUUCCAUCCAAACAUCUACCCCAAUGGUGAAGUUUGCAUCUCUAUCCUGCACCCCCCAGAGGAGGACAAGUACGGCUACGAAUCUGCCGCCGAGCGCUGGUCGCCUGUCCAGACCCCCGAGACUAUCCUGCUAUCAGUGAUCUCUAUGCUGUCAAGCCCCAACGAUGAGAGCCCUGCCAACGUGGAAGCCGCCCGGCUCUGGCGAGAGGACCCCGCUGAGUUCAAGAAGCGUGUGCGCCGGUGCGUCCGGGACAGUCUGGAGGAGUAA